AUGUCUGCUAAAGCUCAAAACCCUAUGCGUGAGUUGAAGAUCGAGAAAUUGGUCUUGAACAUUUCUGUCGGUGAAUCCGGUGACAGAUUGACCAGAGCUUCCAAGGUCUUGGAACAAUUGUCUGGUCAAACUCCAGUUCAAUCCAAGGCUAGAUACACUGUCAGAACCUUCGGUAUCAGAAGAAACGAAAAGAUUGCCGUCCACGUCACCGUUAGAGGUCCAAAGGCUGAGGAGAUCUUGGAAAGAGGUCUAAAGGUCAAGGAAUACCAAUUGAGAACCAGAAACUUCUCUGAGACCGGUAACUUCGGUUUCGGUAUCCAAGAACACAUUGACUUGGGUAUCAAGUACGACCCAAACAUCGGUAUCUACGGUAUGGACUUCUACAUUGUUGUCGGCAGACCAGGUAACAGAAUCACCAGAAGAAAGAGAUGCAGAGCCACUGUUGGUAACAGCCACAAGACUUCCAAGGAAGACACCAUCGCUUGGUUCAAGCAAAGAUACGACGCUGAAGUCUUGGACAAAUAA